CUCUCACAUUUUUGAAAGGACAAGGACAAGGACAAGAACACUUGAAAAGCCAUCAUGAAUUUCCUGAUGAAGGCAGCUUUGGGAGGAGGCCCCCCUGAUGUUGGUAAAAUGCUGGGAGGAGAUGAGGGGGACAAAGACCCUGAAGCAGAAAAAGAGAAGGAAGAGGAGAGACAGGAAGCUCUCAGACAGGAGGAGGAUGAGAGGAAGGCCAAACACACCAAGAUGGAAGCAGAGCGGGAAGUCAUAAGACAGGGCAUCAGAGACAAGUACGGCAUUAAAAAGCGAGAAGUGGCCGAAGCCGAGGCGCAGGCGGCCAUGGAGCAGGCGAGCGAAGGCAGUCUGACCCGUCCAAAGAAAGCAGUACCAUCCGGCUGCGGAGACGACGACGAGGAGGAAAACAUCAUGGACACGAUGAUGAAGUAUCUACCGGGCCCGCUGCAGGACAUGCUCAAGAAGUAAUACCCUGAAUAAUCUUGAGCACACGCAGCUUUAGAUAUUAUUUUAACGUGUACUGACUUCGGAGGGAAGAGAGCACACUAGAGCAAAACACCAUUACCUUUCACACAUUUCGAUUCGUGAGGAUCUUUAGAUAUUAGUGACCGAUCAAUCAAGUGAAAGGGGUUAAUUAUCAGAAUAUAAGCCAUAUUUUAUCUUUACGCGGAAACCUGAAAUCACAUCAUCUCUUUGGCAGUUAUUUAUUAUCCAAUACGUAAAAAGCAAUAUAUAUAUGCAUGAAUUGUUCGAGUGUCUGUUCCACCUGUCCGUGUUCAUUUAGCGUUCGAUAUGAGGAAAAAGUAUCGUUAACUUUGUUGAAGACAUUCUAGUCUUGCAUGUUUGUGUCCAUAGUGUUUGUGUGCCCACUGACAUCUUGUUUUGAGAUUGCAAUCAGAUAAAGAAGGCAAUAACAUUUCCCCACGCUGUAAGCUAAAUGACAAUAACCUUUAUACAUUUGUCACUAUGCCAUUUAGUUCAUUCUGGUGAAUCUUGUCACACUUGCACUGUAGUAUCAUCAGUCUGGAACAUGUAAUGCCUCAAUUCAUUUUAACAGUGUUGUCGAGAUGCGUUUUCACAUUGUCAUUGCGCUUUACGUCAGAUUUACGACUGAAACUCAGUUUCACAGGGACACUCUAUGUGUUUUGAAUGGACUGUAAUUUCUCUGGUUGGAGCCAUGGGGGAAUUUUUGUCUGUGACCUACAACAUUCUCAGCAAUAAUAACAUAUUCUGUUUGCUUGGCUUGCAGUAAAACAAGAAAUAAAAUCGUAUGACUUGUAUGAAUGGCUCUAAUGUUUUAAAAAAAGAUUAAAUGUGAUAUGUCUGUCUCAAGAAUUGAUGUGUAUGGCACUACAAUAAAACAGUCACACAAA